GCUUGAGGAUGGAGGUAAAUCCAUCAGGAAAACAGGAGUUCCAUUGGGGAGAUUGUUCCAUUGACUCAGGAAUCACAAAGAAGUUCGAUAAACUGAGAGACUAUCCAUCAUCAACCGGAUGCGGAUAUGUUUCAAAGGACUCUCUCAGUCUGACGUCAUGUCCUGCAGACAAAACAAUGGCGUUCAUUUGUGAACAUCCGUCUGGUUCCGACUCCUGUUUUACAACCAUGUCAGCAAUAUCGAAGAUGGGAUUCGACAGUAAAAGUACCCUCACCUCCUCGGGAUGUGCCUCUUCUUGUUUAAGUGAUUCGAGUUGUGCCGGUAUUUAUGUAUCAAAAGAAACAAUGUGUACAUUGCUGACCUACAAAAGUCAGAUGUCAUGGACUUUAGCAGCAUCCGAUUUACAAUCAACGCAUAUGUUCCAUCGAAGGCUGCUGUAUCAUUCCUCGUACAACAGCUUUCAGGGGGGACUUACUGAGGAUGAACUGUGUCAAAUACCUGUAGCAUCACCAAUAGUUACCACAGAAAUACCUGGAAAGGUCACGACGAAAGAAAUAACCCCAAGUCCAACACUGACUUCACCUGACACAAAGAUUGAUCUUAAUUCAGUUGAUGCCAAAUCAACAAGCUCCAUGUUAAACUCAGAAAAUCAACUUCACUCGUCAUCAAUACCUAACCCAUGCAUUAGCCAGACCUCCAUUGAUAAUUCAAACUGCCAACUUACACAAAACUACACAACUACUUCUGAAGGCUCUUCUUCUGUAACCAGUCAACUUACAUCAAAGUACUCAACUUCUACAGAAGACAUAUCUUUAUUAACGAGUCAGCUUACAACAAAUCACCAAACUACUACCCAAGACUCUCCUAUUACUAGUCAGAACACAGCGUUACUCACCGAGGACAUCUUUGAAGUUAAACCUCUUCAUAACUCUACAAUAUGCACCUGCACAUGCAGGAAGACAAACGAAAGUCUGCAGGAAAAACUACAAAAAAUAUCAAAACUGAAAGUGAAGACUUAUACCUUGUCCUCUGUGAUAAGAACCAAGGUAAGUGCGGAUGACACAAGACUCAGUGCCAGAUGCUUCGGCGCAAUGGGUAUUGCUAUACUGUCAUUUUUUGGAGGAGCGGUGGUUUGCUCUGAUGUAAUACCGUUUUUUAAGUUUUUGGUAAGGAAGAAAUAA